GUAUUAUAGAGAGUCGAAUAUCCCAAAGAAACCAAAGUGGCUCACACCACCAACACGCCUCUUCUCCCUCUUUAAUGGCCUCCUUCUUCUCUAACCAACUUCUUCAAGAUCUGAUUCUUCUUCUAAGUUAUGGUUAUGGCGACUCAUUCUCAUCUUCAUACUCCAUCGCGUGAUCUUUCUCAAUUCUCCUCUUCUUCUUCACCUCGUUUAACCCGUUCUCGUUUCUCAAAAUUGCGCUACAUUUCUACUCUCCCUGGAUUUCAAGUCUUUCAUUCAUCUUCGCCUCUGAAGUUUCAUGAAUCAAGCAUUCGACGACGUGGUGGACGUUUGCGCCGCAGAAAUGUGCGGUUCAGGGUUUUUAAUGAGGAUUCGGUUGAUAUACCUAUCCUUGAUGAUUGGGGUGACAGUGCAGUUACAAAUGCGUACAUAAUGUCUUCCAGUGAUGGUGAAACUAGUGAUUCUGAAUUCAUGGUGACUCCAGUUAGCGAUAUGGAUUUGCCUACUACCUCUGUAUCAAAUAAUGAUGCUGUAUCCCUCGCUGCUCAUCGUUUUGGAAUGGUUGGGAGAGGGCACAAGAGACAUAGGAUUAGAUAUGGUGUGUUUCUCAACAUAGGGCUAAUAAUCUUUUUGACAGUGCUUCUAAUGUACGUAGAUUGGUGUGCAUGGAGAAUUGUUAGACUUCCUUUAGAACCAUUUCAUUUGACUCGGCCCUUUGUCCUAUCAGCCAUACUAGCCUCCUGUGCGGGCUAUGUUUGCGUACCUUUACUCCAUGGUUUGAAAAUGUACCAAAUUUUGAGAAAAGAAGGGCCUGCAAGGCAUAGGCACUCCGUGAAAAAGAGAACUCCAACAAUGGGUGGAUUGUUUUUUGUUCCAGUAGGCGUGAUUGUGGCAAGAUUUAUUGCUGGUUUCUCUUCUGCCGAAGUUUCUGGAGCUGCUGCGGCUACUCUAGCCUUUGGUGCAAUUGGGCUACUUGAUGAUGUCUUAAGCCUAAUCAAGAAUCAUAAUAAUGGUUUAUCUGCUCGCAUGAAAUUGCUUUUGGAGGUAGCAGUUGGGGUCUGCUUUUCAUUUUGGCUGAAUACGAGAAGUGUCUCGUCACCCUACGGCAUGAAAAUGUUGGUUCCCCUUCCUGCGCCCUUGGGUCUUGUUCAGCUGGGAAAAUGGUAUCUAUUGUUGACCUCAUUUUGUCUUGUUUCUAUGGGAAACGGAGUUAAUUUAACAGAUGGUCUUGACGGGCUGGCUGGGGGGACUGCUGCCUUGGCAUUUAUUGGAAUGUCAAUUGCAGUGCUUCCAAUAUGUCCUGAUGUUUCAAUAUUUGGGGCAUCGAUGGCAGGAGCCUGUGUUGGCUUUCUUCUGCACAAUCGAUACAAAGCAUCUAUUUUCAUGGGCGAUACUGGAUCCUUGGCACUAGGUGGCGCUUUAGCAGCAAUGGCUGCUUGCACGGGAAUGUUCUUUCCGCUGUUCAUUUCAUCUGCUAUCUUUGUUUUGGAGGCAUCAUCGGUUAUCAUGCAGGUUUUAUACUUCAAAACAACGAAAUACUUUUCAGGUUCUGGUCGCCGUCUUUUCCGAAUGGCCCCUAUCCAUCAUCAUCUCGAACUAUGUGGGAUCAAAGAACCGUUGAUUGUCGCCGGUGCGUAUGUUAUAUCAUCCUUCUUGGCUUUGUUUGCCGGGUAUUUGGGCCUUAUUUCUGCGUAGAUUUAGAUCUGUGCCUACCACACCUUGUAAUUAGUUUGAGCCACAAAGAAUGAAACAAAAAGGUUAUAGUUAGGAAUACGUUCUCUUUUCCUUACUUUAAUUUUAGCGUUUUUUUUAUUUUAUUUUUUACCUUAGUUUCUAAGGUGAGCAAUCCAGUGUUAUAACUAGAACCUGUGUUAUAUGCCAAUUUUGAGUAGAAAAUAAGUGAUUGAAACA